AUGGGUUUGUCUAUGCAUUGCUUAAAGCUACAAACAGGUGGCCACGAGACACGAAGAGGCAAAGCUAUCAAUGUUAGCAUCACGCUUUACUGCUCCAAACUGCUUCCAAUGAGGCUAGUGUGUGAAAUCAAGAUGAUCCUCGCACAUUUCCAACUUCUGGUUAGAUGUCUGAAACGUAAUAUCGUCUGUUUCCACAAACAAGUGGUUUGUCCUCCAUUAUUAUGUCAAUAUCGCGAUCUAACUUUGGCUUACGGAGCAUUAUUGCAGUUUCUGAAGACUGUGGAACCCAAACUUGUAGCAAGGAUAAACCUGGAUGUGUUGAAACUGGACAAUACAGGCAGGACAUCAAUAAGUGAUAGAGAUGUUAAUGGUGACACGAUUAACUCACAGACCGAAUACGGCCAGAAGGUGGCUUUUUCGGAAGUUUCUUCAACCUUAGCUCCGACAGAAGGCAUCUUGAAUAAACCCGUUGACAUGGUUCAGAGAAAAUGCUUUCUUAAUGGGAUUGUCUACAGGACGUCCUCUCAGAGAAGAUUUGGCAGAACUCCAUCCGACUCAUGGACAUCAAUCAUUCCUCGUAACGGACAUACACAAUUGACAGUCUCUAACAAGGUGUCCUUUCAUUCCCAAGGGGAAUCGGCUUCAUCGGAUGGAGUCUAUCCAUCUCACACUUCUCCGUAUCAACUAAUAGCCUCUGUCCCUCACCUAGAUAGGCUUGAUAAGGAGCCCUCGUGCAGUUUUGAUAUUACAAGAGCAAUUCAUAAGACUGGACCUAGCUCGGGAAUAAGCACGAAUGUCAUACGUAUUUCUGAUUCGGUGUUUGGAAUUCAGAGUAAUAUCACCAAGGCUAUCAUGAGCAUCCAGAAAUUGGAAAAAAGCCUUGCUUACAUUCACCACUUAUCGGAAGAGUUGAUGCAGAUCGAAAUCACUGAUAUUAGUCAGCAGGGCCUACUGGAGGAAAUCCUAAUAGAGUUAUUUAAGAAUAUUCGUCAAAUGAAGAUGCGACUACUGGAUCUGACUGAGAGUGCAAAGCGAAUAAAUAGUCGCCGAAAUGUAGAACGGGUGAUGUUGCAGCUGCGCAGGCGGAACACUUUAAAAGCAUUGAUAGAAAUGAUUGAUAUGGAAAGGCAAAAACCGGUCCGAUGGAGGAUAUAA